CAAACACUAACUGAAGCCUAAUUUGAAAAUAAAAAUGUUGAAAAACGGUAUAUUAAAAACGAAUUUUGUUUUAUUCAGCUGUUUACUUCUUUGUGAAAUAGUAAGAGCUGUUCCUAAAUUUGAAGCCAGUAAUAAAAAAUUAGAAAACAAUGUGGCUGAGUGGGAUCGAUCUUACCAAAAAGAAAACAAGUCAUUGGAAUUUGAUGAUGACAGUGCUUCCACAAAAGACCGUUUACAGCGACUUGGAUACACAACUGGAUAUGGUACACUUAAUAACUAUCCGGCUACUACGGGUUUGGCAGCUUACAAUCCUAUCAAACUAGACUUGGGAGGAGUCGUUUUGGGCACACUUGUUGGAAUCGGAGCCAUUAUCAUAAUCCCAAAGCUUUUAAGUGCUUUCCAUGGUGGUUAUGGAGGCUAUGGGCGAAGUGAAAACUACAACGAUGUAUCGCAACUAACAAGCUUCGUUAAUAAAAUAGAUGAUGUUUUAGGUCAAAACAACAUUGACUCCGCUAGUUGUAUGCAACGAGCUGUAUGUAGUUACGUGCGAUCUACCGAAUAUAAUAUACAUAAAGGAUUAGGUGAUAAAAUGGACGAGUUUGUUCAUAUUUUAACGGAAAAUUCGCUUUUGGAUUAUCUGUUGGAUAAUACGGCCAUCAAAGAAGCUCUCGACCAUGGAAGGAACUUGAAUUCUAAGCCGUGUGAAGACAUCUACAUCAACUGUCCAGUUAAUUCUGAAACAAUGACGAAAAUGUUAAACAAAUUUCUACCAAAAACGAGGAACACUCACCCAUCAGAAUCUAAUUAAAAGUGUCGUAGCCUUAAUUUGACAAUUACUCUGGCAUCAAAAUCUUAAAUUAAUGAAAUUAAUAACGAUAACGUUCUUCAAUAUAAAAUAAUAUGAAAAAAUUAUUUAACAAUCAUUUAUGUAUACAUAUGCAAAGCAAUCUGGAAGCAUUUUUCGAAUCGAAUUAGAGUAAAAAAUAUAUACAUA